CUCAUCUUCAAAACCCGUCCUCGACUUUGUGUUGCUCGAUCCUAGGUCACCAGGAUCGUCGCUUGCCUAGUCGUUGUCCAAUCCGAAAACCUCGAUAAAAAAGCAACAUAAACCCAAAAAGUCGUCCCCUUCGAUCAAACACACCCCACCCUCACCACCUCUCUUCGUCCUUGAUCCUCCUUCACCAUGUCCGCCGAGACUGCUACCUCGCCGGCUCCUGCCAACAAGGACGCCGCCGCUGCCUCGCCCGCUGCUGCUGCUGCUGCCCCCGCUCCCGCUCCUGCCACUGAGCAGAAGGAUGGUGCCGCUGCCCCUACUAUCAACGGCUCUGCUGAGCAGGCUUCCGCCGCUGCUGCCACCUCUCCCGCCGCCGCCAACGCUCAGCGUCAGCAGCCUCAGCAGCAGCAGAACCAGGACCAAUCUCAGAACACGUCCCUCUACGUCGGCGAGCUGGACCCGACCGUCACUGAGGCCAUGCUCUUUGAAAUCUUCUCCAUGAUCGGCACCGUCGCAUCCAUCCGCGUCUGCCGUGAUGCCGUCACCCGCCGUUCGCUCGGUUACGCCUACGUCAACUACAUCAACGCAAACGACGGCGAGCGCGCUAUGGAGCAGCUCAACUACUCCGUCAUCCGCGGUAGGCCCUGCCGCAUCAUGUGGUCGCAGCGUGACCCUGCUCUGCGCCGCACUGGAUCGGGCAACAUCUUCAUCAAGAAUCUCGACGAGGCCAUUGACAACAAAGCCCUCCACGACACCUUCGCUGCUUUUGGUAACAUCCUCUCGUGCAAGGUCGCAGUCGGAGAGCAAGGCAGCCUCGGCUACGGCUUCGUCCACUACGAGACCAAGGAGGCCGCUGACCAGGCCAUCCAGCACGUCAACGGCAUGCUUCUCAACGACAAGAAGGUCUUUGUCGGCCACCACAUCCCCAAGAAGGAGCGCCAGCAAAAGAUCGAGGAGGCCCGCUCUCGCUUCACCAACAUCUUUGUCAAGAACAUCGACCCCGAGGUCAACCAGGAGCAGUUCGAGGAACUCGUCAAGAAGUACGGCAAGGUCACCUCUGCCGUCCUCUCCGUUGACGACGACGGCAAGGGUCGCGGCUUCGGCUUUGCCAACUUCGAGGACCACGACGAGGCCCAGAAGGCCGUCGACGAGCUCCACGACCUCGACUUCCACGGCCAGAAGCUCUUUGCUGCCCGUGCCCAAAAGAAGUCGGAGCGUGAGGCUGAGCUCCGUCGCUCCUAUGAAGCUGCCAAGAACGAGAAGCUCUCGAAGUUCCAGGGAGUCAAUCUCUACCUCAAGAACAUCCCCGAGGAGUUCGACGACGAGCGUCUUCGUGAGGAGUUCGCCCCCUUCGGCAGCAUUACCUCUUGCAAGAUCAUGCGCACUCCCUCUGGCGUGUCGCGCGGCUUCGGCUUCGUCUGCUACUCUGCCCCCGACGAGGCUAACAAGGCCGUCGCUGAGAUGAACGGCAAGAUGCUCGAGAACAAGCCCCUCUACGUCACGCUCGCUCAGCGCAAGGAGGACCGCCGUCAGCAGCUCGAGGCCCAAAUCAUGCAGCAGAACCAGAUCCGUCUGCAGCAGCAGGCCGCCGCCGCUGGCUUCCCUGCCGGCUACCCUGCUCAGCCUCUGUACUACCCUCAGCCCGGAGCUUUCCCCGGCCAGAUGCCCGGCCAACGCCCUCGUCUUGCUGGCCCCGGUGGUAUGAUGCCUCAGGGUCUCCCCAUGGGCGCCCCCUACGGCCAAUUCCCCGCCGGCAUGGUUCCCCCCGCUGGCUACAGGCCCCCUCGCCCUCCUCGCGGCGCUCCUGGUGCUGCUGGUGGCAUGCCCCCCGCUGGUGCACGCCCUCCCUCCAACGGUGCUGCUAACGGCCAGCCCCCUCGCCCUGGCCAGCCCCCCAUGCCCGCUGGCGGUCUCCCUCAACGCGGCUCCAUUCCCCCGGCCGGAGCCACCCGCGGUGGUCCCCGCCCCCCUCCUCCUGCUCAGCCCGCACUCACCGCCGCGGCUCUCGCCCACGCUGGCCCCGAAGAGCAGAAGCAGAUGCUCGGUGAAGCCAUCUACCCUAAGAUUGCUGCCACUCACCCAGACCUGGCCGGCAAGCUUACGGGUAUGAUCCUCGAGCUGCCCGUCCCCGAGCUGCUCCACGUCAUCGAGGAGGAGGAUGCCCUCAACGCCAAGGUGGUCGAGGCGCUGCAGGUGCUCAGGGAGUACGAGAGCCAGCAGGAUGGUGGCGCUGCGCCUACGAAUGCGCCUGCUGAGGGUGACUCGCCCGCCCCGGCUGCUCAGGAGGCGUCGUCGUAA